GGAUGUCUAGGAGCACUAGAUGGAACCUAUAUUGACGUUCGAGUCCCUUCGAUAGACAAGCCACGAUAUAGAAACCGUAAGGGUAGUAUCUCUGUAAAUGUACUUGGGGUCUGUGAUACAUAUAUGAACUACGUGUACAUGCUAUGUGGAUGGGAGGGGUCAUCGGCAGAUAGUCGAGUCCUGCGUGAUGCGGUUACUAGGACGCAUGGACAUUGUGUUCCAACUGGGAAAUAUUAUUUGGUGGAUGGUGGUUAUACGAACGGUCCCGGAUUUUUAGCGCCAUAUAGGGGUGUGCGAUAUCACUUACAAGAAUGGGGUACAGGAAACCGUAGGCCACAGAACUUUAGAGAAUUGUACAAUCUUCGUCACGCUAAGGCUAGAAAUGUGAUUGAACGUGCGUUUGGCAUUUUGAAGAUGCGAUGGGCAAUUCUUAGGAGUUGCUCGUAUUAUUCAAUUCGAACACAAAAUCGCAUUAUCAUGGCAUGCGCGCUCCUCCACAAUUUCAUACGUUCAUCAAUAGCCACUGAUCCCAUGGAAGCACUGGUUCCUGAGAUACCAGCGGAUGGAAUGUCCACACCUACGAUUGAAGAUGACUUGGUAGACCAAGUGGAGGCUUCCCCCGAGUGGACACAAUUCCGUGACCGAUUGGCACAGGAUAUGUUUAAUGAUUGGGAUUAUAAUAUAUUUUAUGGGCGAGCUCUCUCACACCAAACAUCAAGACGCCGUGUUUGGAGUCCGGCUGAGGAGAAUGCCUUAGUGGAUAUACUAAAAGACAUGGUGAAUGAGGGUUGGAGGGCAGAUAACGGGUUUAGGCAGGGAUAUAAUUUCGAGAUUGAAAGAAGAUUGAAGUUGAAGUUCCCAAAUUGUAGCCUGCGUGCAGACCCUCACAUAAGCUCAAAAAUACAUGUGUGGAGGAAGAACUACAUGAGUGUAUCACUCAUCAAAGGUAAAUCAGGGUUCGGGUGGAACGAGAUCACAAAAACAUUUUCGUGCGAGGAUGAUGUAUGGAUAGCGUGGUUAAAG